AUGGCGGCAUCCCAGAAGGCAUCAUGGGCCGCUUUCCUGGUGGUGGUGCUCGCUCCCUCGACGCGCGCCCUUCGUCUCCGAGACGGCGAGUCUGAGGCUGCUGCCGGCGUGACUACCGCAACCGCCACGUGCACAUCUGCCUGGACCAAUUUCCCCGCCCCGGAAAUGGGGCCUUGCUCGAAUGAGUAUGAAUGGUGCGGGUGGAUUCCGAACGCCCCUGUAUGGUCUACUACAACGACGCUCAGCGGAUCGGGAACUGCUACAGUCGUCUUCGGCAAUCCAGUCCUUGGACACGGACGUGUUAAUCUGUAUUUGAAUGGAAACCUCAUCAGGUCGUUGGCGCAGGGCGAAAAGGCAACAGAGAAUGUUGCUUUCCAGGACGGUGACAUCUUGGGCCUCGACGAGACCAAUACCGGUAUCAUCGCUUUGGGAUCAGUCACCUGCACUCAGGCGCCGACGCCCAGCCCGACGGGCUCCCCGACGCCCAACCCGACGCCCAGCCCGACGCCCAGCCCGACGCCCAGCCCGACGACGUUCUGGACUGGACUGGACACCUUGCGAUGUGUGGCGGGCAUGCGUGUGUGGCUCGCAAGAGCGACGGCACGGUUGUUGCAUGGGGAGACAGCUCUAAAGGCGGUGACGCUCCCGGUGGUCUCACCAAUGUAG